AUGCGCCGAUACCGUUUGGUGGGUAGUGAAGUCAUAGAGGUGAGGCCGACCGUCGCAGGCGACGCAAGCGACGCGGGAGGCGUGACGUGGAUGGAGGUGGAGCUGCUCGCGAGGGGCGGCGCGCGAGCGCAGGACCGGUUCGGGUUCGGAAGCCUGAAAGGCGACGGGUGGAGCGAGAAUGUUGAAACGCUCGCAACGAGCGGAGAGAAAGGUGCAAGCGAGAAGGGCGAGACGGGUGAGGUGGUCGGGAGUAGCGGCAUUUCUGCGGUUGACUCGAUUGACUUGGUUGACUUUAAAAACUUGGUUGUCCACGCGGCAAUCGAUCUCCCGGACUUUAUCCUCCUCUUGCUGCGGCCGCUGGCUGCCGCUGACCCGUCAAAAUCCGACGUGGCAGCUGGUUACAUAUCUGCUGACGCAUCAGCUGCAUCUGGUAAGCGAUCUUCUGAGGGAGUCUUUAACGGAAUUUUUAGGAACGCGCGGUUCGGCCGGGCUCGAGUGUCGCAGCAGCAGCUGGAGCGGAUAAAGGAGAUGCAGUGCAGCUUCGGGAAAGAAGACAAGGCAGGUGGGCGGCUGGGUGGCUCAGUCGUGUGGCAAGCGCUGAACCACAAAAAGAGGCCGCCGCCCCAGGUGUACGAUGCAGUGACUGUGCGGAGGGGGGAGAGGAGGGGGGGGGAGGGGCGGGAGGGGAGGGGGAGAGGUAGUGAUGGGAGGGAGGAGAAGGGAGAGACAGUGGAAGGGGAAGAGAGGGAGGAGAGGGAGGGGAGGGAGGGCGUGUAUCUGUUCGUGAGGGGCCUGCAGACCAACCCGCACCAGCCGCCUGUGCUCGCCAAUGUAACUUGCGUCUUUGGGGCGGAUGGGGGGAGAGGGGGGGCUGGGGCAGGAGGAAGCGGCGGCGAGGGGGAAAGAGGCAGUGAGGGGGGAAGUGGCAGUGAGGGCGCGGAGCAGGUGGGGCUGCUGCGAGUGCCUGCGCGGGCUGCUGCUAUGGAGGUGGUGUUCUGCCCUCUGCCCGCCCAUGCUGGUUCUGAUGGUGGUACUGCCAACAGCAGCAGCAGCCACAGCGGCAGGGACGGUACUGGGGUGGGUGCAGCAGCGGGGGUCGCAGAUUUGGCCAUGAGGGCGGUGACAGUGGAGUACGAGGGGCGGCUGUUCCCGUCUGUAGCGCUCUUUGACCCCGUUGACCCGUUUGACCAGCCCGAGGCCCCCCACGGGCAGCAGGAUGGGGAAGAAGGAUCCAACGGUCUGAAUAGCAGCGAUGGGCGUCCGUUUGGUGAUGUUUUGAAUGCUGGUAAUGGCAGUAGUACGAAUGUGUGGACUAAACACGAUGCGGGAGUGGAAGCAGCUGAGGGGGUGGGAGGCAGCAGCGUGGUGGGUCAAAGCGGGUUGAACGGGAUAGUGGAGGAGGGGAGGAGGAGGAAGGGAAAACCGCACUUUGUGUGCGUGUGCACGAUGAUUUUCAACGUGGGGAAGUUUCUGCGCGAGUGGGUGGUAUACCACCACUGGAUGGGCGUGGAUCGCAUCUUCCUCUACGACAACAACAGCGAGGACAACACCACAGCUGUCUCCCAGCAGGCGGGGUUCUCCCACUGUGUGCUGCGUGCAGCGCGGCAGUGCGAGUGGGUGGGCUUCAUAGACGUGGAUGAGUUCGUUGCCCCCAAGUUCAUCGCACAUAUCGCUGAGAGGAGGAAGGGUCUGGGGGGCGAGGUGAGGGAGAAAGGGGUGUUCAUUCCGCAUCUGCUGAGGAAGGUGAAAGGAAAAGGAAAAGGAAGUGAAGGGGACAAGAGCAAUGGGAAGCAGGCCAAGAAGAAGAAGGCAAAGGGGGAAGUGGAGGAGGAGGAGGAGGAGGAGGAGGAGAAGGGAGAGGGGACGAGGAAAAGAGGGAUGGAGAAGGAGGAGAAGACGAAGAAGAGAAACAAGGGCACUGGCGACAUAGACUCCAAAAGCAGCAUGGAGAACGAGAGCGAGCGAGCAGAGGACGACGUGCGGCCGUUGGGGCAGAUCUCGUUCCCCUGUGUGGACUUCGGCCCCUCAGGCCUCACGGAGCAUCCCCAGCAGGGCGUGUCGGUGGGGUACACCUGCCGGGCGCGCAAGCCCGACCGCCACAAGUCGUUUGUGCGGCCCGAGGCCGUGGCGGACUCACUGCUGUGCCACAUCCACCAGUUUGAGUUGAAAGAGGAGCGGUAUCGCAGCCAGGUGUUUUCAGGGAGAGUACGGCUGGCCAACAUCAAUCAUUACAAAUUCCAGGUGUGGGACGAGUUUAAAGCCAAGUAUCGGCGGCGAGUGGCGACAUACACCAAGGACUGGAAGGGGGCAAAGCAAAACAGCAACGAUUUGAUACCCGGGCUGGGGACAGAUGCAGUGGAGCCUCCUGAUUGGGCGGGUCGGUUCUGCGAGCGCAACGACACUGUGUUGAGAGAUUUUGUGAAGCUGGCCUUUGCUGUGAAGGACGGGAAAGGAAGGGAUGGGAGGAAUCGGACAUGUUUGGUGUGGGAAUGA